AUGGGCAAUAGCGGAAGUACUAACGCCGCGGCGAACGUCCGCCCUCACGGCAAGCGCAACAACGCGUCGCACCGCCGUGCCCAACAGCAAAAGGCCCAGCAAGCUGCAGCACAAGUGUCUGCUGCUAGCUCCGAAACGUCGUCGUCUACCAACGUGCGCCGCAAUCCGCAGACACGCAAAGCCCCGAAGGAUUUGAUUACAGGCGAAUUGUGCGAUGUGAACGAUCUGUACAACAUUGAGAAGAAGGAGCUGGGCCACGGCCACUACGGCACUGUCCGCGUGGGCGUGAGCAAAGCCACCGGCAAGAAGGUAGCCAUUAAGACCAUCCCCAAGGCCAAAGUGAGUCGGCCAGAGACCAUGCGACGUGAGAUCAAUAUCCUGAAAACGCUGAACCAUCCCAACAUUAUCAAGCUCUACGACGUGUGUGAGGGCCAUCGCCACUUGCAUCUGGUCACGGAACUCUGCACGGGCGGAGAGCUCUUUGACCGCAUCAUUGCACGUGGUCACUAUAGCGAGGCCGACGCGGCUGUGCUGGUGCUCAAGAUCUGUGACGCCGUCAAGCACUGCCACGACCGCGACAUUUGUCAUCGAGACCUGAAGCCCGAGAAUUUCCUGUUUGCUACCAAGGCAGAGGACGCAGAACUCAAGGUCAUUGACUUUGGACUGUCACGCAUGGACGACGGCUUGAGUGCGGGUGUCAUGACCACACGCGUCGGGACGCCGUACUACAUUGCACCGGAAGUCCUGGGACGCCACUAUGACAAGUCGUGCGAUCUAUGGAGUAUCGGUGUCAUUACGUACAUCUUGCUGUGCGGCUACCCGCCGUUUUACGGUGACACGGAUCCGGAGAUCUUUGCCUCAGUUCGUGCUGGCCGCUACGACUUUGACUCACCCGAGUGGACGAAUGUGAGUGGAGAUGCAAAGGACCUCAUCAGCCGCCUUCUGCUGGUGGACGCAUCCAAGCGACUGACGGCAGAAGAGGUGCUGCGCCACCCGUGGAUCUCUGGCUCAGCUCCGAGAUCGAGCAUGACGCUGAACCCUAACAUCUUCUCCAGCUUGAAGCGCUUUACAGGCAACAACAAGCUCAAGAAGGCUGCUCUUGGUGUUAUCGCAGACCUGGCCACCGAGGGAGAGAUUGCUGAGCUGAAGAACCAGUUCAUGGCGAUCGAUACUGAUGGCAACGGGGUGAUCACGGUGUCUGAGCUAGCAGAGGCACUGCAUGACACUGGUCUCGGUAUGAUCGAAGAAGAGGUGCUGGAACUCGUGAAAGGUAUUGAUAUUGACGGCGAUGGGCUUGUCGACUACCCGGAGUUCCUUGCAGCUACGAUGAAGCGAAACUUGUCCAACCAGAAGGAGCACCUUAUGAACGCAUUUAAUUAUUUCGACACUACAAACACGGGACAGAUUACCAAGGCUGAUCUCGUGCAGUUCAUGGGCAGUGAAGAACAGGCGCAGGAAGUCAUAGACGAUGUGGACUCGAACGGUGACGGCGUCAUCAGCUUUGAAGAGUUUGUGGCAAUGAUGGACCGCAAGGGAUAUGGCGAUGAUAGCAUUGACGAUAACGGUGGCUUCCUUUCAGCGACACAAUACGUUGGCGGCAACGUUCAGCCCCCCAUCAAGGAGACUGAGCUGUAG